AUGUUGCUCUUCGGUCUAGGCAACUUGGUCUACGCCAUCGUCCUCCUCAUCAACGCUAUCGCCGUCCUAUCCGAGGACCGCUUCCUGGCUCGCAUCGGAUGGGGCCGAACACAGGCUGAGCCGAGCUUCGGCGCGACCCAAGACAACACCAGCGUUAAGGCGAAGUCGAUCAACCUGAUUGCCAGUGUGCGGACAGUGAUGCGGAUACCUCUCAUCGUCAUCAACACGGUCAUCAUUGUCUACGAACUGAUUCUCGGCUGA